AUGAAGCGAGGCACUGAACAGGAUCGCAGCCGCCCUCGUCGAAACGGCUUCUUGCGAAAGCCCGGCGACUUUCUCGACCGCUGCAAUUCCCGAGCCGAGACACUGCGACUCCCGAAUCUCAUACCGACGACCUUCGAUUACCGGUGGCAUACGGACCCGACGUCUCCUGGACUUCUUUACAACCCUGGUCUCGAUCCCCGCGACCCGUUAGCCGGCUUGGUUCUACCCCGUCAGCUGGGACCCUACGUUGGAAGGCGAUACGGACAAGGCAAGGCCGACCACAAGCCCGUCGAGCUUUCCAAUCGCUCAAUCGCAACACCGGCUACAGCCUCAAUCUUGACCUCCCAAACGCGCAGCGUCUUCUCCGCUCCUAAACACAGAGGACCUCCUGAACUUUCGACAGCAGCAGCCGCCGUUGCGCUUGGCUUCCCUAGACCCUCCCAGAACGAGCUGCUCAAACGCGCCACUACCGCCAAACUCAACCUUCGUGGCGAAAAGGUUGGUCGGAACUACGAAAUCCCCUUCUCGGAAGACGAAUUCUCUGACUCUGCGGCGAAGAAGCCACUGCCAGGUAGCGAGAACAGCAAGUUGACUAUUUUCUCGCCUGGAAAGAGGAGGAAGCUGUUCAAUCCUGGCAUCGAUAACAAGACUGGCCGCAAGUCCAAGUGUUCCCGCCGAGACGACGAAGUUCUUGACAUUGUGCCCGAGACUCCGGAGGUAUUGCCUAGGAGUGAGCGAAACAAACUUACGGUCGUAUCGCCUGCCAAGAGGAGGAAGCUAUUCAGUCCAGCUGUCAAAGAGAAGUCGAAAGACGGCGCUCCCUCGGUUCAACCUUUCCCCGAGCAGAACACGCUUGUGCUUCAACCCAAGCAGACGGCCACCAUCCAGAUCACAGACACCAAGGGAACCAGAAACUUCAAUUUAGGAGGGCCAGGUUAUCGCAGAGUCGUCCUGCAGUCUUCAGACAAUUGGGGCCACCCUCUACCCUCUUCUCCAUUCGCAGAGAGGACUUCUGCCUCGCUCAAGCGACGAGCCGAGGACACGGAAUUUGACUUGCUCGCGGCGAAUGCGACGGACCAAGGAUCCGGCGGGCAGCACUCAACGAAUCUCCAGGUGGUUUGUGCUCGGGACCUGGAGGAGCAAGGUCGAGGAGCUACGGGCCGUACGGCUUGGCUCAGCAAUAUCAUGACAUCAGUCCGCGGUACCGUCGCCAAAGUCUACAGCAUUGCCGGCUACGUCGAGCGCCAUUCCCGUGACGAGCACUCCGGCAACAUUACCACAAAGCGCAUCAAAGUGGAACCGGAUGUCGACUCUGCCAGUGUCACAGGUAUCCAUGACGAACAUCGAACUCACGGUCAGCAAUCGCACAAAACCAAUCUGGUCUGGAUUGACGAAUCUACGCGCAUUGCAAACUGGCAUCAAGUAGCCGCACUCGCACAAGCAUUGAAGGACAUUGAUGCUCGUAUCCAGAAAGGUCGCGUCGUGGAACGAAGUGGCUCGCCCUGCUCUCGCCUGGUUGAUGAGUGCCGCUCUCGGCGUCUUCACACUCUCAGCGCUCAUGUCAAGUCAUUUCAGCAGACUGCACACAUCAUUGAGCAUAUCUACUCGCACACAUUCUUAUCAAGGCUGAAGGAGAUGUCAAAAGUCCCCCGGCUGCAAAUGGAUUAUGCAACAAAUCCUGACGAGUAUCUUGCCAUUUCAGCAGCGAAGCUUUUCCUCGAUGAAUUGCCCAAAGAGUGUGUCUCCUCCCUCGCCGAAGCAGGAGUCACUCUUAGGGUUAUCAAUGGCGUUAGCGCAGAUCUGGAUGCCAUUGUGAAUCAGAGACCCAUGCCCGGGCUGGUUCAGAGGGCUGGCUUUGUUGGCAAGGUGAUGAAGCUCAUCCGGGGACGGGAAAGCUUCGGCUUUGAGUCUUCAAACACCACUAUGCCUGGCAGCUUUCCCACGGAGACGAACAACGAGCCAGUGUAUGAGCGAUCGGCCGACUUGUUUGUCAAGUCUGAGGCUGAGUUAGGGCCUGGGCCCGAUCCUGAGCCUGAGCUGGGGCGGCUUGAGAAGAAACCAUCACCGGCGUGUAUGCCUGUUACGCAGACGGAGACAUAUACCUACGUCCUACAUCAUCUUGCGGAGAUGGAGACCAAAGGGAAAGCCCCACAGAAAACACCAGCAGACAAGGUAUCGGAGGAAGCCUUCGCAAAAAACGUCUCGAACCCUAUUCUCAAGAGGGACAGGUCAUCGCCUGCUUUAAAACGCCUACAGAAAUCCCGCGGCCUGAAGAGGGUGCAUUUCUCGCCUUCAGCAAAACAGUCAUCGCCGUCACCAGCCAAGUCGCCCGGCUUCUUCUCCAGGAUAUUUCGCCGCCACGAAACAACCCUUUCUUCCCCACUCCGACUAUUCGAAGACGAGAGUUCCCUUGGUGACUCACAGACGGAUCGGUCACCCGACGUUCACGAGUUUGAGAAAACAGGUCAGGACUUUGACACCGAGCCAGAGACGGACAUUACAUCACAAGACAGCGACAGUGAGGUCACCAUGGCCAGAUGCCGAUCCAGGCUUGUACAACGGUUGAACGAAUCCAUGGGUCUCUCCAACGGGAAUGAAAACCCUACAACGAGAUCGAGGUCGCCCAGUCCGCCGACACUCGCGGGCCUGAGAAUCUCGGAUGACAAAGAGGGCGAACUGGAUGACUUGAGUGCGGCUUUUCAACUAAUUUUCGAUGUGAACGAGGCGCAAAGGCGAGCCGAGGAAGACAGAAAGGCUAAGGAGGCGGAAGAAAAGAGACUUCGCUUGACAGGUGGUCUACGCGUCCCGAAGCGACGAUUAGUCACGUCUCUGUCGUCAACUUGGUCUCAGAGAGUGCGAGAGACAAUUAGAGCCAACCCGAACCAGGUGCUCACAGUUACGGCUGAAAGUGUCGAUCUUAGACGGCAUGACUUCUUGAAGGUCGUCCCGGAGACAGAAUGGCUGAAUGACGAAAUUGUCAACGGCUCCCUCCUGUGGGUUGAUCGAUAUGUCAACGAAGCAGCAGGUGCACCUGAGAUGAAGUCAACCAAGAGGGUGUGUCUCUUCAUGAACUCGUUCUUCUACAAAAGGCUCGAGGACAACGGUGUGCAGGGAACCGAACGGGCACUUCGACGGUUCGGUGUAUCUAAAACGAACUUCCUCGAUCUCGAGACGAUCCUCAUGCCCAUCUGCAGAAACAACCACUGGACUCUACUUGUUGUUCGGCCGCAGAAGCGAACUGUAUCACACAUGGACUCCCUUAACCCACGCGGAACACCAAGCCAUACAAAAAGGGCGUUGGAUUGGAUCAAGGCGGUCCUGGGCGAUGACUUCAAAGCAGACGAAUGGCGGACUGUGCGACACGAGGCCCCAGGACAGGAUAACGGCUACGAUUGCGGCGUAUUCACCAUCACCAACGGAAUAUGUUUAGCUCUAGGCAUCAACGCCAUUGACGCAUACUCCAACGAUGAGCUGCCCCUUCAACGACUGAGGAUUGCUGCGAUGCUCCUGAACAAAGGCUUCAAGGGCGAUUUUGACCUUUCUGACCUUUGA